CAUCCUCGUGCGAUCUCGCGUCUCGAUCUCGCUGAGGAAAACUCGCGAGAAGAGAUGACACUUUACGCGAACGACUUUCGAUCGUCUGCAACUUGAAAAAAAACUGCGCGCGACACUUACGUAAAAUCACCGAGUGAAAAUUCACGAGAGAAGAAAUUCAACAGUUUGUUUCUUUGUUUGUUUGUUUGUUUUUUUUUUUUUUUUUUUUUUUUUUAACUUCGCGAGAAGAUCUAUACAUGUGCUCACAGCAUGGCUAUCAUGCAAUCCUGUUGCUGUUGGCACUCCGUACGCAGAGGCAGUUACGCUUGUGCCAUUUAUACUACGAUAUACUUUACAUUACUAGCACUGAUGACCAGCAGAGUCCUUCGGGAUGAGAAUCAGUAUUUAAAGGGAGAUGUCUCCCUGCCAGAAUCAAUUAGCAUUCUGGAAUCGGGGACCAUAUCGCCGACGACGGUUUAUUUCAACGGAAUGCUGCUUGUCUGCUCCUGCUGUGGCGUUGUGUGCAGUCUUCUUCUUUUAUACGGCUUGUACAAGGAUUAUAAGUCAUUACUUAUCCCAUGGAUGAUCUCGGUGGUUACGUGCGGUGUUCUCGAUGUGUCACAUUCAAUAUAUGUGUUUGUUGCAACACUCGUCUUCACACCGUCAAUACUUAUGCUGUACACGUUAAAUUUCUUUCUACUCUCUUUAAACAUAUAUUCACUAUUGUGUGUCAUCUCGCAGUACCAAGAAUAUUUAGCUGGUCGCGGCACUGCUGCGCACGACUACGAAUAUAGGGUCAGUAUUCCGAAAGUUUCGCAGAGGGAGGAACAGUGGGAUAAGGGACAAAAAUUCCCCUUGAAGGUUCCAGUAGUGAGAUACGUAACUCAACCGCCGACCACAACCGCCACUACGUCGUGUCUAAGUUCACGAAGAGGCGCAACCAACAACGAAACAAAAGCGACACCGACUCAAAGUCCCACGGCGUGUCACAACCCUCUCUUAUCGGAGAAAACUUCCACCACCGGGGGUCGGUUACCGAGAAAGCACGUUCAAUUUCCAGAUACAUCAACGUCGCUCGGUCAAAUAGAAACGCCGGAGCUAUCAGCAACAGAGAUCUCAAAAAAAUGUUUGCCAAAACUCGAGAGUGAUAAUGCUACAAAGACUUGGCUGAAAUCCAAGGAAACUAUAACGAUCGUGGUCAGUCAAUCCUCGCCCUCAAGCGAUGAAGAGCACAUUCACGACUCGUGAAUAUUACAUGUAUAGAUAUCCCCGAAUAAUUAUUUAUAACUGUUAACAGUUGGAAUAUAUGUGAUUGUUGUAUAUCUCUGCGCAUUUGUGAAGACGCGUGUAAUUACUGUAAAUACGUACUCGAUAAAUUGUUUUUUUGGUAAAAAAAAAGAAAUAUAAAACUGUUAUGCAUUUAUGCGCUACAUAUAUAUGUAUAUAUAUAUAUAUAUAU